AUGGCUAUAACUACUUCCCACUCCAAAACCUCGCGAAAUAAUCCAAGAUAUAGCUCAGGGCGUCGUCUAAGCAAGACAGCAUUAAUCACAAAAACGAUACCACUAGGCGAAUCAGGGCCCCGGGCCGACGACGUUAAUGCAUCACGUCCUAUGAGCUCGUGGCAACCCUAUCGAGAUACUCCUCUUCGAGAAACCGGGACCACGAUCAAAGAUCCGAUUCAAGAUACUGCAAACCCGCCACCCGACUACGAGCCAAUGCAUGACUAUCUCCGAAAUCGCUCAGUCAGCCCAGUUUGUACGUCUCCGCUCCCGCCGUACAGCGAUGAGCCCUACCUCAUUCACAUCCCUGACGCUGAUGCACCCUCGGCUCCCUUCACUGAGUCUAUACGGCCCCACGAGUUUGAGAUGCGAACGCUAUGGAGAGCCAUUGAGAGCGAAGCUGAGGCUGCCGCCUACGAUGCUGAGGAAGAGAAUGAAAGUGCACAGACGAUUGAAGAUUUGGUCAAAUGGAUCGUUCUAAUGUUCUUGAUCAGUCUAAUAAUUGCCUUUUUCGGGACCGUCUUUGACUGGGGUAGGCCAAGACAGUGUGGUAUGCGAGGACCCUGCUAG